AUGAAGCUGUCCCACGCGUUUGUGGGUCUUUUGUGGGUCUCUGUGGCCCGAGCGACGAUUGUGAACGACAUCCUUGAAGCCAUCAAGAACGCAGUGUCUUGUACUUCUUGCCACGCCCUUCUUGUCCCCCUCAAAACUCUUGCUGCGCUUGGAGAUGGGCCGUUCGACAAUACAAUCAUUGCAAUAUGUAAGGCGACGAAGCUGGUCGACGCGGAUGUGUGUGAAGGCAUAAUCAAGACCCAAGGACCAAUCAUCGCUCACGAUUUACGUUCAAUCAAUCCUCUCGGACAAACGGCCACCAAGCUAUGUGAUGCACUUCUGGGUCUCUGCCAAGCACCGACGGUGAACAAGUACACGGUUUCGUUCCCCAAACCUCCCCCUACCAACCCUAGGAAGUUCAUUACGUCUGGGAAGACGCCAUUCCAGGUGGUCCACUUUAGUGAUAUUCACAUUGAUCGGCAGUACACUACGGGAUCAGAGACCAAUUGUACCAAACCUAUCUGUUGUAGAAAUUAUGCGGAUCAGAAAGGUCCUAUUGCUGUCGCGGCUGCCCCUAUGGGCGAGUACAAGUGUGAUACUCCAGCAGGCCUUGCUCAGAAUUUGCUUAGGAGUAUCUCGGCAGAGAAUAGGUUCUCUAUUUUCACCGGAGAUGUGAUUGAAGAUGAAUCUCAUUUGCUCCUUCAGGUAACCAGUGCGAAUCACCCAAUGAAUCCGCAAUUUUAUUACUCACGCUCUGAUGACAGUGAAUCGGCACCCACGAACGACUUCCCUAGAACUACGACGACGAAGAACGCGACCGAUAUGCAGUGGGUUUACGAUACACAGAGCGCGGGAUGGACACCCCUCGUUGGCGCCACCGCUGCCAGUCAAGUCGCACAUUACUCUGGCAGCUACUCCAUUGUUGCCCCUGGUACCAACUUGAGAAUUAUUUCCAUCAAUACUGUUUACUGGUACAAGGUCAACUUCUGGCUGUACGACAGCGAUGCAUUCCAAGCGGAUCCCAACGGCAUUCUCGCCUUCACUAUUCAAGAAUUGCAAGCAGCUGAGGAUGCGGGUCAGCGUGCUUGGAUCAUUGCUCACAUGCCACCUGGAAGAUAUGACGCAAUGCAUGACCAGUCCAAUUACUUCGAUCAAAUUGUUCAGCGUUACCGCAAUACCAUUGCUGGUCAAUUUUACGGACACUCUCAUCAGGAUGAAUUCAUGAUUUCAUAUUCUGACUAUAAGAAACAGACAGCUGCGAACGCUGUCAGCAUUGGUUGGAUUGCUCCCUCGAUCACCCCAAGAGGUGGUAAUCCCGCGUUCAAGGUUUACGAUGUUGAUCCGGAUACCUACGAAAUUAUGGACGCCAAGGUCUACAGCAGCGAUCUGAUGAACCCCACUCACAAUGUGCAACCCACUUGGGGCUUGUAUUACAGUGCCCGCUCUACAUAUGGAUCGCUCCUUGGUGGUAUACCCGCAACCCAGCCUCUGAGCCCUGCAUUCUGGCACAACGUUACAAAAUUAUUUGAAACCAAUGACGCAGCCUUCCAGAUGUAUCAAACGUUCCGAACACGCGGCGUGAGCCCUAUCAUAUGCGACGCCAAGUGCAAAGCUGUGACGAUUUGCGACAUGCGAGCUAUGCGUGCAGAAAACGGCUGUACCGUUCCUGCUCCUGGCAAGUACUUCCGCCGAGGUUCUGAAGACAUCGACGCGGACGCUCCGUUGCAUGUUGAUGAUUGUGAGGGCGUCAACAUUGGGCACCUUCUUUCUGCGGUGACAAAUGGCUUUGUACGUUUUCUCCCUCCUUUUCAACAACGUGAUUAA